AUGACAAUAAUGUUUAUAUUUCUGUUCCCAUCCCUGACCAGCGGUCCCCUUUGGAUGGAGUACUUUGAGGUACAGCUGGAUAAGUGCUAUAAGAAUUGGUGGACGACCUUAACCUUCAUCAAUAACUGGUACGACGAAAGUCAGAUGUGUUUACUUCACACCUGGUAUUUGUCUGCAGACAUUCAACUAUUUAUAUUCUCAUUGAUUUUUGUGGUCAUACUCUAUAAAAAUCCCAACUUUGGGAUCAAACUUAUAAUUCUUGUGGCAACCGCCAACUCCCUGGCCAUUGCUGUUCGUACGUAUAUACUCGGCCAGAAUCCUACCGUUCUUUACAAUACACCCGAUGAACGGGAUGUCUACAACCAAGCAUCGACCAUAUACGUCAACACAUAUAUUCAUUUGGGUCCAUAUUUUGUGGGUCUGAUUCUGGGAUACUUUUUCCUCAAUCUAUUCGUAUGGAUGUCCGCUCUAUUCGGAUGUUUAGGAAUAAUGCUAUCGACGUAUACCCUAAACAGGGGUGAGAUAUGGAAUCCAAUAGCGGGUGCCCUCUAUGCAGGCCUACACCGGACGGCCUGGUCUUUAUGUGUGGCCUGGAUUAUAUUUGGCUGCACCACUGGAAAUGGAGGUCUGUACAACUUUAAUUGUAUUGAAUGGGAAUUAACAGUUCAUAUGCACCACCAAUAG